AUGUAAUAAUAAGAAAAAAAUCGAGUUUAUUAUGGAAGGUUUAUCCAGAAGGAGAAACUAAGUGCAGGUAUCAAUUUUUGAUCUAUAAAGGUUCCUUCGGAGUUGUUUACAUUUGCUAAGACAAAGUUUCUCGAGAAUAUGUUGCUCUUAAAGUUGAAAAGGAAAAUGGCAAUUUGUUGAGUUUGGAACGAGAAAUACAAAUAAUAGAAGAAUUAAGAGGCAUUCAAGGUAAGAAUACCAAACUACAUAUAGGCAUUCCUAAACUCUACUGGUAUGGGAACGAAUAUAACGCAAAUUGUAUGGCCAUGCAAUUACUGGGUCGCGAUCUCUCUCAUUAUCUAAAGCGAUUUAGAAAGUUCUCUCUAAAAUGUAUUUGUAAUUUGGCAGAACAAAUACUAGACAUAAUAGAGGAAGUUCAUAAAAGGUAAUCCAUUCUCUUAAUAUUUAAGAGGUGUGAUCCACAGAGACAUCAAACCAGAAAACAUUCUUAUGGGAAGGGGCAAUGACACCAACACUGUAUAUCUAGUUGAUUUUGGCAUCUCUAAAAAAUACAAAACCAAUGGGUAGCAUAUGUAAUUUUUCUUCCAUAAUCUUAAGUCCAUUUUAAGAACAGAAGCCAUUCAUGGGCACCACUAGAUAUGCAAGUAUCCCAGCACAUAAAGGAUAUGAGUUAUCAAGACGUGAUGAUUUAGAAAGCCUAGGAUAUGUCUUUAUAUAUCUCUUAAAAGGUAGUUUCUCUUACAAUCCUAGGUAAUUUACCUUGGUAAAAUAUUACUUCGUCAUCCGACAAAGAAAAGACUAAAUUAGUUGGCAAACUAAAAAUGGAAUUAGAUACCAAAGAUUUAUGUAGAGGUUUACCAACUGAAAUUUAAAGAUACAUGGAUUACGUCUAAAAACUUAAAUUCACUUCAACCCCAGAUUAUAAAUAUUUGUUUAGUUUAUUCUAAAAAAUUGCUCAAUAACAAGGAUUUCAAAUGGAUCGUAAAUUUGAUUGGAAUGAUUAAUCAACUACUUCCACCAAAUCCUCGGAUGGCCAACAACCAAGAUUAUCUGGUAAAGAUUUCGAACUCGGAUAAGAGGAUGUUUUUAAACUUUCAGAGAAACCUGAAAAAAAAAAUAAAUAAUGUGAAUCCAAUCUUAGUCAGCAAUCCUCUGUUAUGUUAAAUUACGUACCCUCAGUAAUUUAAUAGAUAGGUGGAAGAUUUGGCUAAAAAUCUACUGGGUAUUAUAUAUUCUUAUUGAGUUAAGUCGUUCUCGAUAAAAUUCAAGAUAGAGCUCAUUUUCAAGGGAAUCCUCUCUGAUGAAAUAAUAGACUGGAUAAACUAAAAGAAAGGAGAGCCAGUUACAAAAAGUAGGAUAAUUCCAAGAUUUUGAAGAUUUAGAAAAAGAAAAAGAAAAAGAAAAAAAAAUACCAAAAUAAGCUGAUUUUUAAUUAGAUGAUUUUGGUGAUGAGGAUGAUGAAAAUUUAGAAACCAAAUUGAAACAAUUCGAGCAAAUUCAAGUUCAUUUUAAAGAGCAUCUUUCCAAAUCUUGA